AUGAAUGGCAUCAAAGACCCAGCCAAAACAGCUCGGUCCAGACCACGCACAUACCCUUACUUUAAAUACCUCCCAUAUGAAAUCGAAGAUGAGCGCCGGCGGCAGCAGAAUUUCGAUGAAAUUCUCAAGGAACUAUACAUUGCGCUCCAGGCGGGAGACUUCAGCCCCGGUGCCGUGCAUUGGACGCGAGAAUUACGAUCGUGGCUUUCGUUGAAGUUCGACCCCACUAGGGAACAGCGGAUGAAGCUCGUCAGGCUAUACUAUGACCUCUCGCUCGCUCCAGGUGUUGAUCCGAGCGUUUCAGAACGAUUUGCGAGCAUGUUCAUGGUUCUUACAAAGAGGAAGCAUUACCUACGUCCUAUCAAAGACCUCGUGCUGGACUGGAGGCUGCUCUACCGAGAAAUCAAAGUUUUUAUCUUUCCCUCUGAAUCGGACCUCGUACAUUCCUCGAGCUCGAAACGUAAUAUCAAGACGUUGACGAAGUUAUGCUCAUUUGCUCAGCUCUACUUUGAUCCUCUUGAGAUCCCUGCAAUGCUGGAAGAGUUUCUUCCCCAUUUCACCACAUCUUUCACAGAAGGUGCUUUUAUUGUCGUCGGAUUGUUGAAUCUUUUUAUACCUACGUCGCCGGGUCCAGAAAACAGAACAGAUCUGUACCCGCAGCAAUACCUUCCCACCUACUUUCACCUUUGGUCUUCAGUAAAUCGAUCCCGCUCAUAUGAUAUCAGUCUGUUAGACCUGUUCUCGCGAUUGGCUCGCGAUUGGCUGCCUGCUAAACACGUUUCAUUCUCUGAAUAUGGAAUUUUCACCGCGGAACAAGCUUCCCUGAUAUUCACUGCUAUUUUGAGAAUCCUUGAAAUUCCCGUCAGCCAAGCGAUAUCGUCUUACAGUGCUGUAGUGGAUCUCUCCUCUGGGCUUGGCAUGAUGCUCGAUAGAGACUCGAGAGGCCAUCCGGUUGCCCAUCAUAUUGCACGUUUUCUUGUAAUGUCUCUUUCUCCGGCCAGUGCCACUGCUUCUAGUUCAAUCCUUAGCUUGCUCGAGGGCUUGAUAGAAGCUGUGGAGACGUUCUUCCACCCGUCAAAUUCGGGAUCGUGGUCAAGAACUCUUGCGCAAUUGAUCAACUAUCUAGCAGACUUUUUCGUGAUGCGAUGGAAUCGAGAGAGAAAUGGCGAGAUGGAGGUGCCUGAAGAACGCUGGUUGGAUGACGGCGUCAAGCGUCGAUUUGUAUUAUGUCUUCGGGACGUAACCUUCAUGGGCAUUUAUUCCAAGAGUAAUACGGCAAUGAAUUUCUCCUUGGCGACACUUCAGAGUUUGGCGUAUCUGGAGCCCAGCUUAAUACUACCUGGUGCUUUGCAAAGAAUAUAUCCUUCGAUGCAGGGUUUGGUUGAAGUUCACAGAACGGCAUCUUCCCUUCGAUCGCUACAGGUGCUGUCCAAAAUUAUGAUUAGGACAAAAGGCUUCCGCUGCCAUAUCACGACGUUGCUUGGCCUGGCAUUACCUGGCAUUGAUGCAAACGAUCUUGAGAAAUCUCUCCAUACGUUGGCUUUUAUUCAGUCUGUUUGCUAUAAUAUUCCCUUUGAAGACCUCACCAAAGGACGCGAUGAUGUUCAGGGGAAUAUGCUAGCCAUGCAAUGGAUUACGGGAGAAAUAGAGAGGAUGGAGGAGCAAGGCGCAUCUGUCGAGAUGAACUAUGACACUGAACUCACCGACGAGGAUGAAGAAAGAAUAUUGCGAUCAUCAACUACUGGAUUUGGAGAGUUUCUGAUAUCUUUUCUUGGAAGGGUUUUUACUCUCCUUGAAAACCUCCCAGACGCAUCACGAGUCCGCAGCGGAUCGCCUGAAGAAAACGUGCUGAACACAUUGCCGGCUACAUUUAUGCCACUUCUCUCGUCUUUGUCACCGGAAUUGUAUGAUGUUGCCUUGCAACGAAUCGUCGAUUUUGUUUCAGAGCGUGUUCUUCACCAGGCCCGUGAUGCAGUAGCGUUUAUCUGCAAUUCCCUUUGUAAAGUGAAUCCAGAAAAGGCACUGAAACGAUUUAUUCCACUAUUGAUCCGGUCAAUUCGUGCUGAAAUUGACGAGAACCGCGCGGCGUCAACAAGAACUACGGGGACUGAUGUACUUCCUCGAGACCGUGGCCUCGUUUGGAAUGUCAGCAUGCUGAGCAUGUGCGUUGUUCAUGUUGGCGGAGAGGUCUUGAAAUACAGGAAAGAACUCAUUGAUAUCGCGCUGUAUAUGCAACGCAAGUGUAAGGGCAUUCCGACCAUACAUAUUUCAAAUUUUAUCCACCAUCUCCUUUUGAAUCUGACUGUGACAUGCACUAUUGACCAUUCCCAAUACGAACCCGAUGUCAUCGCUCGGGGCAUUCAGGUUGAGCAAUGGGGACAGAGGCAAGAUCCGAAAGACCUGACAAUCAAAUGGCAUGUUCCAGGACGCGGAGAAUUAGAAUUUGCUGUAGAGCUAUUCAGCUCCCAGUGUGGAAAUGCACUAGAACACCUUAUCAAUCUCACGAGCGACCGCCCAAAGAUCAAACGUGAUGGGAGCGGUAAAGAGUGGUCAGACGAAGUAACACGCAACAUUAUACUCUUACGGUUGAUUAUUUCGGGAAUAUCUGUCCUCUUUAAUAACCGUGUUGCUUCGCAGAAUACGGAUGCCGACGCUGAUAUUGAAAUGACCGAUGCCGCAGAAGAUAGUGGCGAAGAGCUGCCUCAGUUACGAGUUCCUGAUCCUACACUUGACUCCUCAGACGAUUCUGUGAUCCGACGCACCUUUACUUAUCCAACAGGCUAUUCCUUAACUGACGAUGACCCACUCUGCAUUCAAAUCCACGAGAUCAGGGAUCGAAUCGGGCGUGUACUACACACUGUUCAUAAAUUUUUGGUCCAAAAACAAGAAGACGAUGUAUCCUGCUUUUCGCCAUUAUAUACUGCAUAUCGUGCCUGGUUUAUUGACGUGGGAAUUGAGAGAUCUGCACAUGUCCUAGAUCGUGUCACCAAACUAUUGUCAGCUGAUGCUUACCCAUACAAAAUGAGUGGUAAUAGAAAGGACUAUCCUCGCCCGCUCCUUGUUCGCCGUGCGAAUGUGUACCAUUUGCAGCGACUUCGGCAUAACUCUGUUCCUCGGCCACGAUCUAAACUUGAUGAAAUAUUGUUGCUUGAUUUGGUUGAAUCAAGUGUUUCUUCAUAUACCGACAUUCGGAAGAAUGCGCAAACUGCCGGCGAAUCGGCCCUCAGAGCAAUCUGGGGCUCACGGCUUCUUGUUAUCAAACCCCUCAUUAACGCUCUACAUUUCGCUAUCGAGAAGAAUGAUUUUCCUCGAAUCAAGGGAGCUGUAUACUCGCUACUAUACAGCGGCGUGGCGAAAACAGCAGGUCGCCAUUGGCAAUUUACGCCUGCUCUUAUUCGGGCGUUCAUUGGGGCGAGUACUGUCGAUAAACCUUCAAUACAGAAAAUCUGUAAUGGUGUCUUCUUCCAAAUAGUUGAAUACGGACGUGAUGUGGACCGAAUGGCAAUUCUGGAUCAAGAUGCCGUUGACACCAUCCGACCAGAAGCGGAUGUUAGCGAUAUCAUUUCAAAAAAGAAAGAUAGUAUUCAGAAAAAACACGUUGCAAUUGAGAAGGCAAAGAGCGACCUAACAGAAGAGCUUGUGAAUAUGGCGCGAUCAUCGCAUUGGAAAUUGGCUAGCCGUACCGCGGCCAUUGUCAUUACGAUGGGCUUACGUUUUGACACCAUAGCGAGUCAAAAUUUGAUUAACUUGAUAGUUACUGGCGCCAUUGAUUCUCAUCCAGGGUUAAGAGGGAUGUAUUCGCAAACUAUGGUUGCUAUAUUUACUAUGAUUGAUGUUCGAGCAUCUUGCAGUCACAAAUAUGAAGACUAUAUUGUCGGAAAACAAUAUUAUCCAGCAAAGCUAAAGGUUGAUACGAAACAAGAUGACCCUAAUUGGACGAAAGAGUUCCUCGCUAGUUUUGCUAAGCCUGAUGCAGAAUAUUACGUUGACCAUGAACAUCCUGGAUGGCUAGUAUGGGAUAAAACGAUGCCAGCCUACAAGACAGAUGUGGCCCGUGACAUUGAAUACGAUGAGCUUGAAUGGAAUGUUCGGAAAUAUAUGGGAGGCCUAUUUGACCGAAAAUGGUUUUCUACCUUUUUCGCAUAUCUAAAACAAGAACCUAGAGAUGUGUCGGCGGACAAAUUCCGCAUGACCAGCGCAAUGAUUCUUCUCUACGUUUUCCAGCUUAUGACCCGUGAUGAUCUGACGAAGGCAACAUUUGAGGAGGUGAAAGAAGAAAUUUUUGCUGUUUUCGAGGAUGGCAGUGACAAACAUCAGCAUCGUGCUACCGCAGAGAUAUUGGCUGCAUUAAUUGGUUCCGUUACUGAUACCAGCAUAGAACGCCGCAAAAAGGUCUGGGAUUUCGCAUUUCCAAUAAUUAAGAAAAUUUUCUCGGAUGGUUUGACACCUGAAAACUCUUCAUAUUGGAAUCAGUUUCUCCAUAUGAUUUUCCAGUGUCGGGAUCCACGAAGAGCCUGGCCGCUUAUGGAUUGGUUGGCUAGCUUUCGUCUUGAUAUGGGCUCUAAUGCCGCCUUUAAGGAAAGCUCGAAGAUCAACCUGCUUCAUCAGUGCAUUUUAGACGUUGGCUGGCACUUCCAGCUUGAAAAACCAAUCGUAAAUAAUUUCCUGGCACACCUCGAUCAUCCAUAUAAGGGAGUUCGGGACGCGAUGGGCAGGACGCUAGCAUCGAUCUUUCGCACAAGAUAUCAUGAGUCUUACUCAACUAUAAACGAGUUAAUUCUAGCACAGAAGACAGCGUCACCAAUUGGCAACCGCUCUUAUCAACCUACUGAAGAGUUCUCCAGUAUGAUCCGUGAUGUAUUCAAUCGACUUCAAAAAUGGCGCCGGGAAAGGUCACCUGGACAGCAGACCCCUUCGUCGUAUACAUCUGGUUGCAAGACUGUGCUCCUUUGGCUUGACUCAACUCUUUCCUCUUACGAAUGCACUCAACUUUUACCAUUCUUCCCAGACCUUUUUACUGAAGAAUUACUGCAUAUGAUGGAUGUUAAAGAAGAUCCUGAGCUCCAAUCAUUAGCGUACCACGUAUUCAGACAUCUUCCAAAUAUCCCACAUCCCGCUGGUGAAGACUCGGAAUUUGUGGAUACCCUUAUUCGAAUCGGCCGUACAUCACAAUCAUGGCAUCAGCGAUUACGUGUCAUGAUUAACAUGCAGAUCAUCUAUUUCCGCCGUCUAUUCCUACUUUCUGAGUCUGAUCGUGAGAAAUUGUUUAGCUGCGUUGCCAACAUGCUUGAGGAUCCUCAACAUGAAGUUAGAGCAGGCGCCUCAGCGACCCUUUCGGGGAUGAUUCGAUGCUCUCCCGUAGGACUUCGAACUGAGAUUGUUCCAAAGCUACGCGAUAGAUUUACGAAUUCCUUGAUAAAACAUCCGUUGCCUAAAAAGCCUCGCAUUUUCAAGUCUGGAUUCUCUUCCGCAACAUCUACGGGCACUAGCACACCUACCCCAGAGCAUACUAGGCUGAUUAUUACCAGACACGCUGCUGUUCUUGGGCUUGGUGCGCUCAUUCAAGCAUUCCCGUACACAAGCCCACUGCCACAGUGGAUGCCAGGCGUGUUAAUCACACUGAGCACAAAAGCGGCUGGCGACCCUGGUAUUGUCGGCCAAAGUGUGAAGUCCAUAAUCAGUGAAUUCAAGAAAACCAGGCAAGACACAUGGCAUAUCGAUGUCAAAGCUUUUGAACCUGAUCAAGUUGAAGAUUUGUCCGGCGUCUUGUGGAAAAGCUAUUUUGCAUAA